GUUGUCGAGGUAAAGCUUCCGGUACAGUGCGUUGUUUAAGAAUCAUUCUGACCAUUCCCGGCAAGCUGUGAAGUCUUUGGCUGUUUUUUCCUCACCGGCCGUUACAGCUUCCUUGCGAGGCUCGUGUGAGUUGGCUUGGCCUUCCUCCUCGGCAUGCUCGGGCAGAGGCGGUCUUUUCUCCCAGAUUAUGACCCGCGCUUUCAACAAUGGAUGCUCCAUAUGAUGGCGGUGAAGUAACUGUAGUCAUGGAAGAGAUAGAAAGCACAUACACUUAUUCAUCCCCAGUGCCAUCUAAAAAGAAGAAGAAAUAUAGAAGUCCUGGAGAUCAAGGGGAAAAAACUAAAAAGCCCAGAUCUGCAUAUCUUCUGUAUUAUUAUGAUAUAUACCUGAAAGUUCAGCAGGAGCUCCCACACCUUCCUCAGUCUGCAAUUAACAAGAAGAUCAGUGAGAGUUGGAGGCUGCUUAGUGUAGCUGAGAAAAGUUAUUAUUUGGAGAAGGCUAAGUUAGAAAAAGAAGGUCUCGAUCCGAACUCAAAGUUGUCUUCCCUGACUGCUGUAGUUCCAGAUAUUCCAGGUUUUCGUAAAAUCCUCCCUCGUUCUGAUUACAUAAUUAUUCCUAAAGGAGGUCUGCAGGAUGAGAAGAAUAAGCCACACGUGGAACUUCAUGUGACCCAGGGCCAAACAGCAUUGGAAGGACAAACGGCUGCUACUAAUGUCAGAAGUAUUUCCCAUGGUACUGUGCAGAACAUACUUUCAGUGGACUCCAGCCAAAUUGGAAUUUCUGAGCAGUGCAUUGCCAUUGAAGGGGUGUCUGAAGAUCCCACCUCAUUUGUUCAGGCAGAUACAAUAGAAGAAGUUGUCGCAUCAGAGAUCUUGUCUCGUUAUGUCAGACCUACUGCACAUAAAGUGGCUGGUGAUAUCUUCCUGGACGAGGAGGCCCCUUUGGAAGCAGGAGAUGGAUAUCCCUGCCAAGCAACCAGUGUGGUUAUUGAAGAAACUUUGGUUAACACCUCAGAGGCACCAAAUGGGAGCAUGACUAUGGCACAGCCCCAGGCUUCACAUGGCCUUUCUGUGGUAACAGUGGUGACUAGGAGAGAUAGAGAAGAAAGUAAUUCUGCAACCCCCACUGCACAGUACAUUAUGUUGCCUCUGACAGCCCAUUCUGUUUUGGAAAAUCCAGCAUCGAUCAAACUGACAACUACUUACACUCGUAGGGGGCACGGAAAUUGCACCAAUCCUGGCUGUGCCUUUACUUAUGUUACCAGACAUAAGCCACCAAAAUGUCCCAUGUGUGGAAACUUUCUGGGAGGGAAAUGGAUCCCUAAGGAGAAACCUCUAAAAGGCAAAUCUGAAACAGGUUCUGAACUACCGAUAAAAACCUUGGGCCCGAAAAAGAAUCAGUUACCAUUAACCUUUGGACAGGCAUUGGUUCAAGAUAAUCCUGCUAAAUCUGUGCUAGAAAGUUCAGAAGCGGUUACCCAGCUUCUCAAUGCAUCCCCCGUUGAGGGGCAAAUGCAGGAGACUGAAUGGGAAGAAGUGAUAAUCUCUGAGGCUCAUAUUCUUGCAAACAAUGUACAGUCAGAAGAGCAAGGAGGUGCCACUACCAUUAUUCAGCUUCAAGAGAGUCUUGCACAGAUAGAGCCAUUGUUAGAACAGAAGGAAAGAGAAAAUGAGCCAUCUGCUGAGACAGCAAAUGUUCCCAGUCCUAUUUCACACCCAACUUCCACUGUGAAAAAUACAACAGGCAGUGAUGUAGUUGGUGCUACACCUAAGGGUCUGGAGCAAAAGAGCAAAGCAAAACCCAAGCCUUCGUUGCUGGCUGUUGCGAGGCCCAUGAGAGCCAUUUUGCCUGCUCCUGUUAGAUUGGCAAGAGAAACUAACCAAGAACAGAUAUCUUGCGGACAGUCAUUUAGAAACAGUGAAGAAAAUUCCCCAAUAAGAAUCUCAGGAUUAAAGCCAAAUACGCUGAAGCAGCUGGGUCAUAAUCCUGUUCAAGCAUCCAGUGCUGAAGAUCAGAAGCUUCACAGCAGCACAAACAGCUCCACAUCUCAGGUCAAAGUGGUGGAAGUCAAGCCAGAUGUAUUCCCUUCUUAUAAAUAUAGCUGCACUGUAACCUUGGAUUUGGGAUUGGCAACCUCCCGUGGCAGAGGGAAAUGCAAGAACCCUUCCUGCACUUAUGUGUACACUAAUCGACACAAGCCAAGAGUCUGUCCCCGUUGUGGCUACAAUCUUACCAAAGACAGAACUGAGAAAGCAGUAAAAUCUGUGGAAGUCACUUCUAGCCCUGCACAUAUACUGAAUACCAAUGAGCCUCUAAUUCAGUCUCAAAAAGAGAUCCAGCGCCAGUCCACCCUGCAACUUCUACGCAAAGUAAUUCAGAUCCCCGAGAAUGAAUCUGAACUCUCAGAUGUUUUUGCACUGAUUCACGAACUCAAUAGCUCACGGCUCAUCCUGUCUAACAUGAAUGAAGAAACGGUGACCAUUGAGCAGACUUCCUGGUCAAACUAUUAUGAGUUUCCUUCUUCCCAAUGCCUUCUCUGUAACAGCCCUUUAUUCAAAGGAGGGCCAAACUCUCUUGCAGGUCCUCAGGAAUGCUGGUUGUUAACAGCUAAUCGUCUGCAAGUCGUCACUGCCCAGCUCAAGGUGUGUGUGAAUGUGCUGUGCUUGGCCCUUCACAGCUUCAGUGAUAUCUACACUGGUUUGUUUAAUAUUGGUAAUAAGCUUUUAGUGAGCCUAGACCUUCUGUUUACAAUAAGAAACCAUAUAAAACUUGGCGAGGAUCCUAAAGUGACAAUUAGCAAGAUUUUGGAAACUGUGCAGGAACACACAGAGAGAAACCUGAGCACUGAAGAGGUGAAUCAGCUUGAGGAACUGCUGUGCAAUGGAUACUGGGCCUUUGAGUGCCUCACUGUCCGAGACUACAAUGAUAUGAUCUGCGGAGUCUGUGGCAUUGCACCAAAAGUUGAAAUAGCUCAGAGGAAUGUGGAAAGUGUUUUGUCACUGAAAAAUAUUGAGUUUACCUGGCCAGAAUUCUUGGCAUCUAGUGAGGUAAAUGUGGAAGAUUUUUGGUCAACCAUGGAGACAGAAGUCAUAGAGCAAGUGGCCUUUCCCUCCAGUAUACCUAUCACAAAGUUUGAUGCCUCCAUCAUAGCUCCCUUCUUUCCACCACUAAUGAGGAGCAACAUAGUAGUCAACACAGAAAGGGAGAAGAAUCUUGAAUCACAUGUAAUCCCAGGUAAUGCAAGUGUUCUAGUGAGGCUGAUUCAAGAUGAAAUUUGUAAAGUGGAACAGAUUGGUUCCUACAGUGAGGAAGAACUGCAGGAUUUCUUGACACAGUGCAGCAUUCCUUGGCAGGAGGGGGACUCCAAGGAGCAGCUCUGUCUUUCUCUUCUGGCUCUUUAUGAUUUUGUACAGAACGGGACACAAAUCAGUCAGCCUCCAGCAUUCCUAACAGGAGGAAAAAUCUACAAAGUGUGUCCACAUCAGGUUGUGUGUGGUUCAAAAUAUAUUGUCAGAGGGGAAACUCCCCGAGACCAUGUGGAUCUAUUAAUGUCCUCACGUCAUUGGCCACCAGUCUAUGUAAUAGAUAUGGCCACUUCCGUAGCAUUGUGCGCGGAUAUCUGCUAUCCUGAUUUGACUGCUCAGAUGUGGGGAAGAAACCAGGGUUGCUUCUCUGACCCUAUGGAGCCUUUAAGGUAUGUGUCCUGCCCAGAACUCCUGGACAGGCACUACAAUGUGGAUACAACCACUGAUGAACAUUCUGUUGAGCAUCCAAUCACUAAAUCAACAUCUCGCUUUGUAGUUCACACUGGGACCGAGCAGAAGACUCAAGGUGAUCCACUGGCUCGACACCAUUCCCUCUCUCUGUGCCGGGAAUUGGAGCCCUACGGUGCUAUCAUUACAGCCAUCAAUGACAGCAAAACCAAUAAUGUCCGCCAAAACCCUAUAGCAUUUGAUAGUGCAACCCACUAUUAUCUCUACAAUCGUUUGAUAGAUUUCCUCUCCAGUCGUGAGGUUGUGAACAGGCAGAUCCACGAAAUUGUUCAAAGCUGCCAACCUGGUGAGGUUGUAAUCCGGGACAAUCUAUAUCGUCUUGGUGUUGCCCAGAUCAAGACAGAAAUGGAUGAAGAUGAGAUACAAGAAGAAGAAGGUGUUGUCUAAUGUAUUGUGAGAUGAUCAUCCCUGGAUCAGACGUAAUAGCUAAGCAGUUUGUCACAUAAAGUUUCAAUCCAGCACAGGACUAUGUUAAACUAAGAGUCAUGACCUAUUGAUUGGGCUUUGAUCUGUAAACAGAUUGUUUUUGAAGAACAAAUUUCUCUUUUCAAGAGGCUGGGUAAACCUAGAAGCAACCCAGGAUAAUUGUUCAAAGACCGAAGAAUUUUCUAUUGCUGACAUUAAAAAGAAAAUACAUAUGCAGAACAUCACUUUUUAAAAUCUGCGCAUGUUGUUGGAAAUGCAUAAAAGUGGGGGGGGGGGGGGGGGGAAGCCACAGCAUAAAACAUGUAUGACUGCUCCACUGUUCUGAAGUGGCCAUCAUAGAUUGAAGGAUAUUUGUAACCUAGAUCUAUUAAGUUUCUAUUCUGAAAAAACUUGAACUUUGAAUUGGCAUUGGUGGCUUGAGUUUAUCUGCUUCUUCAGCUUGUUCCCCGUCAAUCUGAGAAAACCAGACAUUAUUUAGUGGUUGAAAGUUAAACUGGCUUCCAUAUUAAGUUACAUGCUGCUAGAAGCAUCAUUGCCCUGACAAGCCUGGUUAUUUCAAAGGUUCUUCAGGGGUUUAUAUGUUUUGGAUAAAGGAUGGGGGCUAAUAGUCAGGCGGGGAUAUUCAGGCACUUUACUUUAUAAUCCAGUUAAUGGACUUAAUUGAUUGUUUUAUUCCUCUGACCACAGAUGCUACUAAAGAUAUUUAUGGAAUAAUGGUUGGGUUCCAGGAAUACAAUCUGAUGUUUUUUCUAAUGAUUUCUAUGGCUAAAAUUGUUAGGCAUGCAACAUAACACUUACCUUUAAGGGCCACUUGGAAACCACUACAUACUCUACUAUUUGAUUGUUAUAAAUCUGACAUAUGAGUUCAUGCUGUCAUAUUCAAUUAUUACAUAUUGGUUUUCCUGUGUAAUGUGAUGAGCCAUGAUGUGUAAGCUCUACACUGUUCACUGAUUUGUGUUCAUUCUUAGCCAUCCAUAAAUCUCAAAAGUAAAAAAAAUAGAUUUCCUGACUGAGGUAAAGUUAUCCACUAUGUUUUGUUCAGAUUUGUGGUGUGGAUUUAAAACUCUCUUCUGUGAAGAGUUCUAGUGUGUACUGUGCUGUAAAAAAACAACGAAAAAGAAAUUUAUUAAAGUUCUGAGCAAAACUUACGACUUGCUGUUUAAAAUGCUAAUUUAUGAAAUACAGUUUUUAAGUCAGUGGUAAACUUUAAUAAAUUAUCUCUUCCAGCGUUGGAGAGUAAAACUAUUUGGACAAAUGAGUUUUCCUUAUUUUGUAGCUUCUGGUUGCUAAAUAAUAGAGUUACUAAUCCAUAAAAUGGAAGUGUUUAUCAAAUGUUUGCAUGGAAAAGAUUAAUUUUAGAUGUGUUGAAACAGUAUUACUAUUUUAUUGUCUUUGAAAAAAAACAAACCCCUACAGAAUCUAUUGAUGCUGAAUUUAAAUUGUUUUCAUUAUAAUACUUAACGAUUGGGUAAUUCGAGCCAGCAUAAAUGCAUGUUUUGUUUUCUUAACUUUAUAAUCUGAGCUCAUUUAGAUGUUAUGAAGGAUAAAAACAGAAUAUGAAUGAUUUGUAUCUAUUUUUAAUAUUCAAUUAGAUUUUGCAAUUCUCAUUUAUUAUGACAGAUUAAUACACUCCACAAAUGAUUUGCAGAUCUAGUUUCGCAGUCCAUGCAUACUGCUUAUGCUUCUAUUUUUUUCCUCUCAUUCAAAAAAUUAAAUGUGCUUUUACUCUACAGUUUUGUUUUAUUGUGUCUAUCUGAAAUAGUAUUAAUUUCAAUGGUUUCUAAACUAAAGAAACCAUUUUCUGAGUUUCGCUACUGUACUAAUCAUUCUACUCUUGUAGUACUGAACUAUUUCCCUUCUCACUGCUCAUGCAGCAGAGGGGCUAAACCAGCACUUCAACAUUCAGGAUAGAAUAAUGCUUUAUGUAUGCUUGGUUAUUUAUUUAAAGGAUCUGUAUAGCUGCUGAAGUUAUAUAACGUAACUCUAGGUGGCUAAUAGGUAAACAAAUAACAAUACAAAAUUUUCUCAUACCACCAAACAUCAUAAUAGUUCCAUCACAAAUUAAAAAAUGACAGACUUUCUCUCCUCUCUCCCCCAACCCCGGUCUUAGUAGCCAUAUUAAACAAUUAUACAAGAGUUCAUAGAAUCAGACAAUCAGGUUGCUGGGUUUUGUUUUUCUUAACAUAAUUACUUAAGUACUGCUGCAAUUAAUAUAAUCAUCUAAUAUUUACUAUUGGGAAUUUGUAAAAAUCAACCUUGUAAAGUUUACACGGGGGAAAAUAAAUUGAUUUAAAAAAAGAGACUGCAAGUUACUUGAUCAAAUUGAUUUAUUUUUCAUGAUAGUUGAAUUACAAAUAAAUUCACAUUUAUGCGAUUAUUACAUUAAGAUGCUUGAAACAGUAGUUAAUUUUUUUUUAAUAGCGAUCUGGCAAUAUCUGAGCACUAGUAAUCUGUUAGUUGGAGUUUCGUGCAGUAAAAAGACAUGUUCCCUUCCUAAGUCUAUUCAUAGGUUUUGUAAUUUAUAUAAGACAAUUGUGGCUAAGCAUCAUGAAUAUUUUCAUUUGUGUGAGCUUCAGGGACGACUGCUUAGCAAGGUGAAUAAUCUUAUAUAAAACCUGUGUAAAAAGUAUUAAACAGAGCAAUUAUUUAACAGUGGGUAAAUCGUUCCAGUUAUUUGGAGCUGUUCGGGUCUAGUGCAAGUUUAAAGCCAUCACUGGGAAACAAACAGGACUGUGCUAACUGAAAGAGAUUGCAGUGUAGGAGACCCUCUUUUUAAAUAGAUAAAGAAUGCAUGAACUUUGUAAACAAUUUACAAAAAAACAUGUAAACAAUUGUAUGGACUUUUGUAAAUAAUUGCUUUGCUUUAUGGACUUUGUAACUUUGUAAACAAUUGUUCCACUUUAACAAUUCUAAAGAGUGGUGCUUUGCACAGCCUUAUCAAAUAGAAGUGCAGCUCAAAGACAGUAAAACAUCUGUCCUAGCAACUUGAGCACAUACAUACAAUCACCAGUGUUUCAGGCAUAAAUACUUAUUAAAUGUCCCACACCGAUUGCCCAUUUGUCCUCUAAUAGGAUAUUUUUAAAAUCCUUUAUUAUCUAUAAAAACAGCUUGGAAAAAAUACCUGUCAGUAGUCUUAUGUUGCCUGUAGUUUGCUUGUUCUCUUGAGUUUACAAAAUACUACAGUAUGUAGCUAUGCUUUUUCUCAGCAAUGCAAAGGGAAGAUAAAUACUAGAAACUAAAAGAUCAGUUUAAUCACAGAAUAAGGAAUGAUGGAGUGAUAAAAUCCUACAUAAUAAUGAAGACUAUAUAAUACAUUAAAAAGCCUGACUGAAAUAAUAUUAGGAUUUUGCCAUGUAAACUUCUGAUCCUG